GCCUGAGGCCGCAAAGCGAUCCCGGCUUCGUCCGGCAAAGAAUCUCGCGCAUCGCGGACCAUCCAAAACCAGCUCCUAGUUCGAGAUCUUGUUGCAGCCAUUGAAGCACCAGCUUGCUCGAUCUCGACGCUACAGCCAAGAUGUUCGCCACUUCCAUCCUCCGCUCUGCGUACCCUGCGUACAAGAGCCCCUACGGCCCUAAGUACCAGUACCAGCCUCACAUCGAUGGCAUCACUCCCAAGCAGCUCGUCAGAAUCCUCCCCACCGCCGCUGCUUGGACUGGUGUCGCCCUCUUCGCCGUCGUCUACUACGCUUCCGGCAUUCCCCGUCUCCGCAGAGACGUCCUCCAGCGCAUCCCCUACCUCGGCGAGAGGUACUUUGUCAACGAGAUCCCUGCCUCUGACAACCCGUUCUAAAUUAUCUCUUUGAUACCACGGAUGGCUUGGUGGGAUUUAGGGGCGCUGGGGAUUGUAUGUUGUCUGGUUGGACAGCGCCUGUCGUAUGACACGGCUUGUAUAAGAUAAGAUACAGUAUUUUAUAGACGACUACACAUCAAGCCACCGUACCCCUCCUUGUCGACAGUAUGUGGGUGCCCAUAGAUCUGAAAGACGAGUUUUCGACUUGACAUCAAAUUCUAGAACGUUUUUG